GGCUAAUUUUUUGUAUUUUUAAUAGAGAUGGGGUUUCACCGUGUUAGCCAGGAUGGUCCCGAACUCCUGAUCUCAUGAUCUGCCCACCUCGGCCUCCCAAAGUGCUGAGAUUACAGGCGUGAGAGUUGUAGUUCGUUGAGAGGGAGACAGACCUCGAGGAAAUGCUUGGUGUGCCGGGUGACUGCUGGCUCUCCUUGUCUGCUCACUCUGCCCAGUGAAUGGGUCUAGGCAUCCUCAUUGUUCCCUUCCUCUGUCCUCAAUAUCAGCCCAACCCUGACCAGGCCCCUUCCUGAGGUUCCCGCACAACAGGGGCUCCAUGUUCGGAAGGGGAGAGAGAAACCCACCUGGGGAUGCUCUGUAAGGAGAGCAGAGCCCAGUGGAGUCUCUGCCCGAGACGCUGAGGGAGGAAGAGCUGCGGUUAAUCCAAAAGGAAGGGUGAGGUGCAGGGAUUGGCUGGACGAUGCUCAGAGAAGCAGGAAAAGUGGGCAUGGCACUGAGUGGCUGAGGCCAUCACUGGUGGCCUUGGUGCUUAGAGAGGCAGAUAGAGAGGGCAUGGUGCAGGGCGCUGAGGCCGUCUGUGGAUGCCUUGGUGGGGCUUACUGAGUUCUAGUGGAAGUAAGGUGCCAGGGCAGGGCUGGCACAUGGAGGGCUCUGAAGGCCAUAUGUAUCGUCUGAAGUGAGGGAAACCCGUGGUAGCUAAAGGGAAUGCAUUAGCCAGCCCCAGGUGCGCCACAUUCCUGCUCUAGGGGCUGGAGGGGAACCCGUGGUAGCUAAAGGGAAUGCACUAGCCAGCCCCAGGUGUGCUACAUUCCCACUCUCGGGGCUGGAGGGGAACCCGUGGUAGCUAAAGGGAAUGCACUAGCCAGCCCCAGGUGUGCUACAUUCCCACUCUCGGGGCUGGAGGGGAACCCAUGGUAGCUAAAGGGAGUGCACUAGCCAGCCCCAGGUGUGCUACAUUCCCGCUCUCGGGGCUGGAGGGGAACCCGUGGUAGCUAUAGGGAGUGCACUAGCCAGCCCCAGGUGUGCUACAUUCCCGCUCUCGGGGCUGGAGGGGAACCCGUGGUAGCUAAAGGGAGUGCACUAGCCAGCCCCAGGUGUGCUACAUUCCCGCUGUCGGGGCUGGAGGGGAACCCGUGGUAGCUAAAGGGAGUGCACUAGCCAGCCCCAGGUGUGCUACAUUCCCGCUGUCGGGGCUGGAGGGGAACCCGUGGUAGCUAUAGGGAGUGCACUAGCCAGCCCCAGGUGUGCUACAUUCCCGCUGUCGGGGCUGGAGGGGAACCCGUGGUAGCUAAAGGGAGUGCACUAGCCAGCCCCAGGUGUGCUACAUUCCCGCUGUCGGGGCUGGAGGGGAACCCGUGGUAGCUAUAGGGAGUGCACUAGCCAGCCCCAGGUGUGCUACAUUCCCGCUCUCGCUCUCGGGGCUGGAGGGGAACCCGUGAUAGCUAUAGGGAGUGCACUAGCCAGCCCCAGGUGUGCUACAUUCCCGCUGUCGGGGCUGGAGGGGAACCCGUGGUAGCUAAAGGGAGUGCACUAGCCAGCCCCAGGUGUGCCACAUUCCUGCUCUAGGGGCUGGUCUGGCGGCAUGGCUCUCUCCUGAGUGCCUUCAGAGCCUGAGUGCCAGCAGGCAGGCGUCUCCUGCCCAGUGAGUUUGGUAAGAUAUAUUUCAGAAGGCAUCCACCACUCUAAAACAUGCUUAUUGCAGGAACCAUGGGGGAGACCAAAGGGCCUAGAGCCUUGAGAACCUCUGACCAUUAGUGUUAACAGGAAGGCAGCCUGUUCCCCUAGCUGGGGAGGGGGGUGUGCGUGGCAGGAAGCCCGUGCGUCUGUGCCUCUUUGGAGCUGUGGGUUGGCUGUGUGGACGCCAGCUGUGUGGUCCCCAGCCUCACUGAGCCUGAGUUUCCAUACUAGCGGCGGGAGAUGGGACUAGAGGGUCUCCAAGGCUCCCUGAAGCUCUGCGAUUCUGCUUCUCUGAGUCUUGACCGCAGGGCUUUGUUGUUCACGGGGGUCACAGCUCUCAUGGCUGCAGCUAGCGUGACCCCCCCUGGCUCCCUGGAGUUGCUACAGCCCGGCUUCUCCAAGACCCUCCUGGGGACCAAGCUGGAAGCCAAGUACCUGUGCUCCGCCUGCAGAAACGUCCUCCGCAGGCCCUUCCAGGCGCAGUGUGGCCACCGGUACUGCUCCUUCUGCCUGGCCAGCAUCCUCAGCUCUGGGCCUCAGAACUGUGCUGCCUGUGUUCACGAGGGCAUAUAUGAAGAAGGCAUUUCUAUUUUAGAAAGCAGUUCGGCCUUCCCAGAUAAUGCUGCCCGCAGGGAGGUGGAGAGCCUGCCGGCCGUCUGUCCCAGUGAUGGAUGCACCUGGAAGGGGACCCUGAAAGAAUACGAGAGCUGCCACGAAGGCCGCUGCCCGCUCAUGCUGACCGAAUGUCCCGCGUGCAAAGGCCUGGUCCGCCUUGGUGAAAAGGAGCGCCACCUGGAGCACGAGUGCCCGGAGAGAAGCCUGAGCUGCCGGCAUUGCCGGGCGCCCUGCUGCGGAGCAGACGUGAAGGCGCACCACGAGGUCUGCCCCAAGUUCCCCUUAACUUGUGACGGCUGCGGCAAGAAGAAGAUCCCCCGGGAGAAGUUUCAGGACCACGUCAAGACUUGUGGCAAGUGUCGAGUCCCUUGCAGAUUCCACGCCGUCGGCUGCCUCGAGACGGUAGAGGGUGAGAAACAGCAGGAGCACGAGGCGCAGUGGCUGCGGGAGCACCUGGCCAUGCUACUGAGCUCGGUGCUGGAGGCAAAGCCCCUCUCGGGAGACCAGAGCCACGCGGGGUCAGAGCUCCUGCAGAGGUGUGAGAGCCUGGAGAAGAAGACGGCCACUUUUGAGAACAUUGUCUGCGUCCUGAACCGGGAGGUGGAGAGGGUGGCCAUGACUGCCGAGGCCUGCAGCCGGCAGCACCGGCUGGACCAAGACAAGAUUGAAGCCCUGAGUAGCAAGGUGCAGCAGCUGGAGAGGAGCAUUGGCCUCAAGGACCUGGCGAUGGCUGACUUGGAGCAGAAGGUCUUGGAGAUGGAGGCAUCCACCUACGAUGGGGUCUUCAUCUGGAAGAUCUCAGACUUCGCCAGGAAGCGCCAGGAAGCUGUGGCUGGCCGCACACCCGCCAUCUUCUCCCCAGCCUUCUACACCAGCAGGUACGGCUACAAGAUGUGUCUGCGUAUCUACCUGAACGGCGAUGGCACCGGGCGAGGAACACACCUGUCCCUCUUCUUUGUGGUGAUGAAGGGCCCGAAUGACGCCCUGCUGCGGUGGCCCUUCAACCAGAAGGUGACCUUAAUGCUGCUCGACCAGAAUAAUCGGGAGCACGUGAUUGACGCCUUCAGGCCCGAUGUGACUUCAUCCUCUUUUCAGAGGCCAGUCAACGACAUGAACAUCGCAAGCGGCUGCCCCCUCUUCUGCCCCGUCUCCAAGAUGGAGGCAAAGAAUUCCUACGUGCGGGACGAUGCCAUCUUCAUCAAGGCCAUUGUGGACCUGACAGGGCUCUAACUGCCCCCUACUGGUGUCCGGGGGUUGGGGGCAGCCAGGCACAGCCGGCUCACGGAGGGGCCACCACGCUGGGCCAGGGUCUCACAAGUGGGCAGGGGCCGCGCUUGGGCGCUUGGGAGGGUGUCGGCCUGCAGCCAAGUUCACUGUCACGGGGGAAGGAGCCACCAGCCAGUCCUCAGAUUUCAGAGACUGUGGAGGGGCCUGGCAGACGGGCUUAGCCAAGGGCUGUGGUGGCAUUGGCCGAGGGUCUUCAGGUGCUUCCCAGCACAAGCUGCCCUUGCUGUCCUGUGCAGUGAAGGGAGAGGCCCUGGGUGGGGACACUCAGAGUGGGAGCACAUCCCAGCAGUGCCCACGUAGCAGGAGCGCAGUGGAUGGCCUUGUGUUCCUCGGGCAUGACAGGCAGAAAGGAGGGCUGCUCCAGGAGAAGGGCCUCCUGCUGGCCAGAGCAAGGAAGGCCGAGCAGCUUGGUUCUCCCCUCUGGCCCCUGGAGAGAAGGGAGCGUUCCUAGACCCCUGGGUGCUUGUCUGCACAGAGCUCUGGUCUGUGCCACCUUGGCCAGGCUGGCUGUGGGAGAGGGUCUGGUCCCACGCUGCCUCUGCUCAGACCACUGUGUGGGGGGUGCACAGCACAGCCUGCGGGUAAAGUGUGAGAGCUUGCCAUCUAGCUCACGAGACAGAGUUAUUAAACCAUUCAAAUCUC